AUGGAAAGGACGCAUAGUUUCGGAAUAGAGGAGAAUUUACCUUCCUGUGUCAGUCUUGAGCCUGUCGGUCCUGAGCUUCUUUCCCGACCUUUACCCAGACCCCUAACCCCACCCCUAGCUGCGGACCUCGGACUUCGGAGAGCAGAAUGUGUAAAAACUAUAUUUUGGUAUCUGUCGGCUCAUCAGGUCAGAGCUGAUUCACUGACUCCACGUCCCGAAAGCCGUACACAUUUCAGUUCAGGGGAAAAGACGGUGUCUGCACCCCUUCGAGGCAAGGAAAUGAGAAAACUACUUCUCAUCCAAGCGGAGCAGGUCAAUGAAGAGGCGGGCACUGCUUGGGAGUGUGGAUACGGGUGUCAGAGAUCUGCCUUUAGGUCUGCUGUGAGUCUUGUCAUCACUGGAAACAAGGAAAGGAGGAGGAAAUUACUGCAGAUCAGUGAAGGCAAGGGCAGAGGAGGGGCUGGGGUUGGCCUGAAAGCUGGCAUCCGUGGCCCUGCCAACACGAAAGCCAAGGCUAAGAUCCAAGCCAAGGCAGUGGCUGAGGCAGAACUGAAAACAGGACUGGUGACCCAGGCCAAGGCUGGGGAUGGAGCAGUGGCCAACACAGUGACCUAUGCUGAGGCCAUGGCUAUGGCAAGGCAAGUAAGCAAGAUGGAAUCUAAGAGUAAGACUAGAGUCAUGGCUGAGACCAAGGCAACCCCCCUGACAGAACCUAGUGUAGUGUCCCAAACCAAGUCAAAGGCCAUGUCUAUGUCCAGGCUCAGUGCUGUGACCAAUUAUAAAGUGAAGUCUGGUGCUGGAAGUGAAGCCAAUAUCGGUUCCAAAGACAACGUUGGGCCCAGGUCCCAGAGAAGGAGCGAGGCCAGCAUCAAGUUGAAGGUUGGGGACAGAGCUGGUACUGUAACUCGGUUUGGUGAUGAGGAUGAGGAAAAUGUCUGUUCUUGGUUUUGGACUGGAGAAGAGCCUAGUGUAGGAUCCUGGUUCUGGCCUAAAGAAGACAACCCAUUUCAAGUGUAUAAGCCUCCAGCUAAGAUCCAGGAAAAGCCUAAGCCUACACCCAAACCUGAACUUACUAUAAAGCAAAAAGCAAAAGCAUGGUCAAGGGCCAGGUUUUCUGUCCUAGUUCCGGUAGAUGGAGGGGAGCAAUCCUUACCUCCAGGAGGGAAUUGGACUCUGGUUGAUACCUUGAUUGAAACUCCUCUAGGGAUUCGACCUCUGACCAAAAUCCCACCCUAUGAUGGGCCUUACUUUCAGACCUUAGCUGAGCUCAAAAUGCAGGUUAAGUAUAGGGAAAAGUAUGGGCCCAAUCCAAAAACCUGUCGCUGCAAAUCACGUGUUUUUAGUUUAGAGCCUAAAGAGUUUGAUAAACUUGUUGCCCUACUUAAGUUAACUAGGGAUCCUUUCAUUCAUGAAAUAGCUACAAUGAUAAUGGGUGUCAGUCCUGCUUAUCCAUUUACCCAAGAUAUAAUUCAUGAUGUAGGUAUUACUGUUAUGAUUGAAAACUUGGUCAAUAAUCCCAAUAUUAAAGAACACCCUAGAACUUUAAAUAUGGUGGAUGACAACUCUGAGUUUUCUGGAGAACCACAAAUAGGAGAGUUGUACAUAAAUCAAAUUUGUAAAGACAUAAUCUUUUAUCCUUUGAACUCCCCUGAACAACUGUCUGGACUAAAAUUAUUAGUGCAGCUGAGUGUAAACUUUGAGUACCACCAUAUAAUUGUCAAUUACAUUCCAGAUUUCCUCACUUUGUUAAACAAGGGAAGUGUCAAAACCAAGUUUUAUGUUUUAAAAGUGUGUUUGCACUUGUCUAAAAAUCAAGCCAAUACAAGAGAACUAAUCAGUGCCAAAGUAUUGUCAUCAUUGGUUGUGCCCUUUAACAAAAAUGAGUCAAAGGCCAAUAUUCUUAAUAUCAUUGAAAUAUUUGAGAAUAUAAAUUUCCAAUUUAAAAAGAAGGUGAAGCUAUUUAGCAAGGAAGAGUUCACAAAAUUUGAACUUAUUUCCAUAUUUCAGGGAGCAAAAGAGUUUGGUCAGAAACUACAAGACUUAGCAGGGCACAGUGAUCCUGAGGUGAGAGAUAAAGUUAUAAGAUUAAUACUCAAACUCUGAAUAGCUGUAUGUUCUCAGAAAACCUUUAGCAGUUUUUUUGGUGUUGUAAUAUGAAACCAAUGCAACUUAUAAGUUAAGUAUUUAUGCUAUCUGUGCUGACUGAAGGAGCUAAUUUUAUGGAUACCAAAUGAUCUUGAGAGCUUGAAUGUUUGUUGGUUUUCAUUGUGCCAUAUAAGUUCAGAUAUUUUUAGUAUUUUUGCAAUAUGACCUGAUAAUGAACCUAUUCAUCCUGAGUAAGUUAUACUUCUGUGCUUUAUAUUAACAUAAGUGUAUUCAUUUAAUACUUCAAUUACAUGUGAAUAAAGUUGCAUGCUAAAACUGGUGAAAACAUUGUCCUAGUUCUUCAGUUGAAGUCUAGUCAGAGGGAUAAAGCACCAAUAACAGGAUUAUAAAGAGCACAGUCUGUGUCUAUAGCGGGGUACAAACAACAAGUUUAUGUUGACAGAUCCUUUAGUUUCAACAUGUUCAAGAAGGAUAAUCACUCUGUACACAAGAAGACAGGACUGUGCUACUAGCUGACAUCUGGGCAGAUCUGGGAAAAGGGGUGAAGACGUAGACUUUAGGAGUAAAGAAACACAGAUGCUUUCAUUCCAGUCUGAGUCUCAGAACUUGUGCUUAGCCUUUCACAUAUGAUGUCUCAUCAGGAAGAUUUUUAACCUUCAAGAAAAUUCCUGGUUCUCAUCCCCAACUAGCAAAGCCAUGGUAGUGUGGUUCUAAAAGGACCCAGUCUCAUUGUGUCCUCAACAUCCAGGUGCCCAUCUUUGGGGUACUGAGUUUACUGCUUCAUCUGAGGCUCCCUCCCCCUGUAUUCCUGGGUCUCAGAGGAGUGCCUUUCUAAGGUCUAACCACAGAAAUUUCUUCAUGGAUAAUCUCAUUUGCCCCAUCUUUAUGACUGUUUGCUCUCAUAUUUGCUUUUAUUUGCUGACCAAUGCUUCGGACUUGGUGAUUUACACCUAUGCUUGAUGACAGUGCCUUGUUUGUGCUGAUCCCUUUUGAUUAGAGCUCAGCUCUAUGAGACAGCCACAGGGUACCAAAGUCCUUUAGGAGUGUGUGGUUAGGAAGAAAUUAAUUCCCCUAAUCCCACUAUUUUAUUUAUUUGUACAGUUUACAGAGCUGAAGCCAUGUUGUCUAUACUACCUCAGCUCCUCCUGUUUAUACCUAACAGAACCUAGGUUCUGGUUAAGAGUUUGUGGCAUAGAAUGCCAGAGUGUAGAUUGGGAUCUGGGGUCCCCUUUGCCUCUCCUACCUCCUAUCUCCUUUGCUGUUAUCAUCCUCUUUCCUUAACUGCCAGCAUUGGAAAAUUGAGUAUUGGAAAAUGCAGUGUAGAAAUACUGGUCUUUCUAUUGAACUCUCUCUCUCCUUACUUUUUAUGUCUUUGAGGAGAAGGCCUAAACUGAAAAAUCUCUACAAGAUGUCAUACGCCCCUAGUUUUAGCAAUUAUCUUUAAUUUCUAUUAAGGUCAAAUCUGAAUCUAUCUUCUGUAUAUCUAGGAGUUGAAAUGAAGGACAGCCACACAUGUGCAUUAAGGGUGCAAAAAUGCAGGCCAGCUUUUUGCAACAUACAGUUGCAACUUAGAUGAUAUUUGAAGUUCUUUAUAACUUGUUUUUAAUCCACAGAACUCCCAUAGCCUGGAAUUCCAUCUGUGGGUGCUGCCUUCAAAAUUGGGGAUCUUCACAGAACUGUUGGACCAGACCCUUUGGAAGUGUUCUGUGUCUCAAAUGCCCUAUGGAGCACACACUUAAAACAGUUGAUAGCUGUAGAAUUUUCCAUCAGCUAAAGAGAAGGGUGAGUGUAGGGUGUGUAUGUGUAUCAAAGCAAGAAGCUGAUGGUUUCUUCUUGGGUGGUAAUUAUGGAAGGCAGAAUCAGUUUCCAAAUUGUUCCUGGGGUGUACUUGAAGUCAAAACCCCAUUGCUCGUCUCUUAUUUCAUCUCCUUUCCUGGAAAAAUAAUUCAAGCAAAUCCAUGUAGUAUCAGAGCUGAUACAGAUACUGCUUAUCUCAGUAUGUUGCUGGCUUGGGGUAAAACCAGUGUAGAUUUCUCAUCUUCCCUGUCAUUAAGUAAAACAAGAACUCUUCCUCCAACACAACUGGAUCAUUAGCAUCUACUGACCCUUUGCUGUGCCCUUAAUUUUAAAAGAGGAACUUUCAGAGGAAAUCCAUCCACAUAUCACCAGAUUCCCUAGCAAGGCUGUCAAGGCACAAUAUCCUUCAGUAUCUUUCCAUUGUCUGCAUUAUAUGCCACUACGUGACCUGCAUUCAACCUACAGGGGACUUCAGGUUCUCUGAAACACCUUAGGCGAGAAAUCCUGGUCCACAACUAACAGUUCAUCCCUCAGUGAACCAGUGACCAAGCACAAACAUCUUUAAGAGAAGAGGCACACUCCCAUCCUUCAGUUUUCAUAACAGAUGAUUUCUUCUGAGUCAAAACCAGUCUGAUAUGAAAAACAAAAACUUCUGUGGCUGUCAUCCCUUGGUAUAUAAAUCUCAAGUGGAUAAAAAACCAAAGGAAAUGACUGUACCUUUUCCACUUGAGAUUCCUGUUAAAGUAAUGUGAUUUUUCUGGUAUACCAAGAACAGUGGUAGGAACUUUUAUGAUUUACAUAAAUCCAUUAAUGUCAUUAUAUAUGUAGUAAAGUUUUGAAAUAUAAUAUUAAAAUUUCCAAAGAUAGCCUAGAUGAACAACACAGUUAAUUCCCUCUCUCUCUUCAUUCUGCAAGAAACAUGGCUCCAUUGAACAGAAAAAAUUCUUUUCGGGGACUGUUGUGGCCACCCCUCAGAUAUGAAAUACAUUAUCACUCCAGAUUUUGUUCAGAUGCCGAUAUUGAUAAUGUCACACAUAUAUACACACCAAGACAGUGUAAAAAGUUAUUACUCAAUAAUGAGGCUUUCUGGGCAGAGCAGGGUAGCUCCCAGACAGGUCUGAAAAUAGCUUAAGAGAAUAGGACAAGAAGAUGACCUUUGGGUUUUAUGAUAGCUAGGAGAUGGGUUCAGAGUGAGGGUUCCUGCAGGUGGUUUGAACUUUUGCCAGUGCCUAAGGAGGGAGCACCUUGGCUUUCUGAUCAGCUUGCCCAAAUGUGGGGCAGAGGGGGAAGAUAUCAACUUAUUCAUAUGUGGAGCAGAGGAGAGUGAGGGGUGAGGCUUGAAACCUAUCAAGUAGUCAAAGUUAAAAAAAUGAAGUCAGCCUCUUUAUUAUAGGGACUGUAACAUAUCAGCUUUUUUUUUUUUUUUUUUUACCAGUCAUAACUUAAAGCAUAUACAGAUAAGUUUCUAUUGUGAUUGAAGCAAAAAAUCAUUUUUGGUUAAUCAAACUUCCCUGAAAUAGUUUUGUUCUGGCAUCUUUGUCCCCAGAGUUCAAUCUACCAGAAUAUCCUAAGAGUUACAACGAUUUAAUAAACCAGUGACAUGGAUAUCUUGAGUAACUUAAGUGUUGACUCCACUACAUCAGUAACAGGAUUUGAUGAAUAAUAUAAUGAAUAAGAAGUAUUUUCCUUAAACACUUCUCAGAGCAAAACCAUGAAACUUACUCAGUUUGGCUUUAAAAUUAGCAACAUGCUUCAAAGGAUGCCAUUGAUAAAUUAAAAAGACAACUCAUAGGAUAGAAAAUAUUUGCAAAUCAUAUAUAUGAUAUGGAACUGGCAUCCAGAAUAUAUAAUGAACUCUUGCCACUCAAUAAAGACAAAUAAAAAGCAAUUAAAAUAGCAAAGGAUUUGAUUAGACAUGUUUUCAAAGAAGAUAUGUAAAUGUCCAAUAAACACAUGAAAAUAUGCCCAAUAUCUUUAGAGAGCUGCAAAUCAAAACCACAGUGAUACCAUUUCACACCCACUGGAUGGCUAUAAUUCAUUAAAAAAUGGAUAAUAGUGUUGGCAAAGAUGUAAAAAUUUGGAACCCUUGAACCUGCUGGUGGAAAUGUAAAAAGUUGCAGCCAACAUACAAAAUAAUUUGGCAGUUUCUCUAGGGUGUGUGUUAGUCGCUCAGGCAUGUCUGACUGUUUGGGACACUAUGGACCGUAGCCCACCAGGCUCCUCUGCCCAUGUCCAGUAUUCUCCAGGCAAGAAUACUAGAGUGGAUUGCAAUUCCCUUCUCCAGGGAAUCUUCCCGACCCAAGGAUCGAACCUGGGUCUCCUGCAUUUCAGGCGGAUUCUUUACUGCCUAAGCUACCAGGGAAGCCCAGUGUACCAUGUCUUAAUUACGUAACACCCAAGUUUGAAUUGAUAUCAGCUUAGUUUCAAGAGUAAAAGUCUCUCCUUACCACUCAAUUUCCCUCUUUAUGUUAUUGUCACAAAUUAGAUCUCUAUACAUCAUGUCCAUUAGUACAGAGUUUUAGUUAUAGUUUGUGCAUUUGGCUUUUAAAAUACAGUAUAAAUUUACCCAUG